AUGGUCUCAGCCUACGCUCUCUUCACACACCCUUUCCCCACUCCUUCUUUCUUUGAUUCUCCAUUUCCAUACCCACUUCCUCCCACCGCUCAUAUCUCACACUCUUUACUCUCAACCUUCCAUAACCAUCAAUGGUCUUCUCUGCCAACACUCGCUAAAACCCCAAGACCCGACCCAAACCCGUUACUAACCCAACUGGGUUUCCGACCCAAUCUCCAAUGCAGUUCCAGUCCAAUCACGGCCGAUAUAGGGACAGUGUUCUCGCUGUUGCAAGCGGUUGGAAUCGAUGACAAAGAAGCAAAAGUUCUGUUAAACAAGAACCCGGUUCUGUCUUUUACGUCUUUGGAUUGUUUACGAGCUCGGAUUGAGUGCUUUAAUUCAGUUGGACUAGAUGGGCUUGUGCUUUCCAAUUUGAUCACCAAAUGUCCGAACUUGUUAACUGCUGAGGAGAUUGGUCCCUUUUUGAGUUUUGUCCGUCAUGAUUUGGCAGGCAAGAUUGAGCCAGGGCAGCUGAGGAAGCUUUUCCGGGCAGCAGACGUUAGAUUCUUGGUGGGAUUUGAUGAGAAAGUAGGAUUGCUUCUUCGUCGCGGUGUUUCGGAUGAGAAGAUUGUGGAUGUUCUCAACAAGGUGAAUCUGUACAAGGCAUUGUGUCUUAAGUCAGUUGAGGAUAUUGAUACGACUAUUACGUUUUUGAACCGUUUUGGUGGGAUUGAUUUGAUUGUGAGGCGUCCUUCGCUACUGAAUUAUGACUUGGAGACUCAGCUGGCUCCGAGAGUUGAGUUUCUCACUGAGGUUAGUGGUGGAGAUGAAAAUGCCACCGGGGUAUUGUUGGGUAAGCUCCCUGCGAUUUUGAGCUACACUGUGGAUCAUACUAAAGGGCAUGUUGAGUUGUUGAGGUCUUUUGCUGGUUUAAGUGAUGAACAGAUAUUCAAAAUCUUGCUUGUUUUCCCCAAUGUGGUUAGUGCCAGCAGGGAGAGGAAAAUGCGUCCGAGAAUUAAGUUUCUGAAGGAAUGUGGGUUGAGUUCGAAUGAUAUCUACAAGUUCUUGAUCAAAGCUCCAUUGUUUCUAGGCUUGUCGUUUGAAGACAACCUUGCAUAUAAGCUUGUGUUUUUGGUGAAGAUUGGGUAUAGGUAUAGAACAAGGGACAUGGCAGCAGCAAUAGGAUCUGCCACCAGAACAAGCUCUGAUAACUUGCAAAGAGUGAUCGAGCUGUUCUUGAGUUAUGGUUUUUCGUGUGCCGACAUUGUUGUCAUGAGCAGGAGGCAUCCUCAGAUACUGCAGUACAGUCAUGGUGCUUUGGAGAAGAAGAUGGAGUACUUGAUAAAUGAAAUGGGUCGUGAAAUCGGAGAGUUAUUAGCCUUCCCUGCAUUCCUUGGAUACAAACUUGAUGACAGAAUUAAAGCCAGGUAUGAAGUGAAGAGGAAAAUUUUGGGGGAAGGAAUGUCACUGAAUAAGCUCUUAACUGUUUCAUCCGAGAGUUUUACACCGAAAACGCCAGCUUAUGUAAUUGAUCUGAACGUGGAAUGAAAGUUCAGUUCAUUUAGCUGCCCUAUGACUUUUACCUUUUAAUUCACAAAGCACCAAUCAAUUUGUCUUUCUUUUUACAUGUUCUUUCAAUUCCUCAGCAAUUCUCUUUCUUUCUUUUCAUGGAUGGUCUGU